AAAUCCCACUUCGAAAACGGCAAAAUGAACGUUUCACAUUUUGGAUACUCUACUAGAAACACAUGUUUUGUUCAAUUUUCGGUUUUGUUGGCUAAAUUGUCAGUCUGCUGCAUGAUUGUUAUUAAAUCCAGUAUUGUAUAUUGGUUUCAAAUAUGUUUUCUUCUUUAAGAAAACAAUCAGUAUGCUCAUUAAACAAAACUAUUCAGACAUGUCGUUAUUCUCAAUCACCAAAAGUAAUAAAAAAUGUAACAACCGCUAGUAUGAAAAGAGGUACUGGAGGCCGCAGUUCUUUCAAUGGAAAUGUUUGCACUGUUUUUGGUGCCACUGGAUUUAUUGGCCGGUAUGUUGUCAAUCGUUUAGGCAAAAUUGGAACCCAGAUAAUACUUCCUUAUCGAGGGGAUUUUUAUGACUGCAUGCGUUUAAAACCAGCGGGCGAUCUAGGACAAAUUAUUUUUCAUCCAUUUGAUAUUCGAGAUGAAGAUUCUAUUCGUAGAUGCGUGAAAUACUCAAAUAUUGUUGUAAAUUUAAUAGGAAGAGAAUAUGAAACUAAAAAUUUUACAUUCGAGGAUGUUCAUGUAAAGGGAGCAAGAACGCUUGCUAGGAUUUGUAAAGAAAGUGGAGUUGAAAGAUUUAUUCAUCUUUCUUGUCUAAAUGCAAAUCCAAAUCCAAAGCAAUUGGUUUUAAAAUCGCCAUCUCGAUACUUUAUCUCAAAAUGGGAUGGAGAAUUAGCAGUUAGGCAAGAAUUUCCUGAAGCGACAAUCAUUCGACCAUCAGAUAUAUAUGGUCAAGAAGAUCGUUUCUUAAUGUUAUAUCAAAGUAGAUGGAGACAUCAUUUGUAUAAUGGUGUUCCAUUGUACAAGAAAGGAGAAGUAACUGAGAAACAACCGGUAUGGAUUGGCGAUGUUGCAUCUGGAAUUAUGGCUGCUAUUAAAGAUCCAGAAUCCAGUGGAAGAACUUAUCAGUUUGUUGGACCUAGACGUUACAAACUUGCUGAUUUAGUGGAUUGGUUCAUGAGAAUAUUGAGACGUGAAGCCGAUAAUUGUAUGUACAGAAGAAUGGAUCUUGAUUAUUGUCCUUUCUUUAAAUUAAAAGUUGAAUUAACAGAAAGACUGAGUCCAGCAUAUCCUUUAGGACAAUUAUCUUGGCAAAAUUUAGAAAGAGAGCAUACCACUGAUAAUAUUGUAAAAGGUUUGCCUAUGCUUGAAGAUCUUGGAGUAAAUCCUAUUGUAAUUGAUUCACAAGUCUUAUGGGAGUUGGCACCAUGGCGGUAUGAUUUAGCUUAUCAAGAAUAUUAUGGAGAAUAUGAUGAUCCUCCUCCACCACCUCAUAUUACUGCAACAAUUUAACUGUUAACUUAUUAGAUAUGUACGCUUGUUUAUUUUGAAAAUAAUAUAUUGUAGUAAGAAAUAAUGUGUUAAAUAUUUAAAUUAUAAUUUUUGUUUCAUGAUCAAAAAAACAAGCCUAACAUUUUGUUUUAGAGCCGAGAAAGCGUUUCGAUGUAUUUUUUUUUUUAUAUAAUAUUGAUUCUUCGUAAAGAGGGCAUUUUUAUUUCUUUGCGUUACAUCAUCUAAAUAUAAUUAUUGAGUUAUCAAUA